AUCGCGACGGGCUGGGCGGGGUCGUCAGGCUUGUCUCCAUGGUAACGGCUGAGGGCGGAAGAGGGGUUUCGCUUCCGGGUGAGAGCUGUACGGACUGCGGUGUGCACGUUUCCUGUGACAGAGAGACGAUGGCAGCACAAUUGCAGGAGAAGCUGCAGGCUGAGGUCACCAAAUACCAGCAAGUCCAGAAAGAUAUCAGCAACAGUAUGUCUGCCAGACAGAAGCUAGAAGCUCAGCUCACAGAGAACAACAUUGUGAAAGAGGAGCUGGCUCUGCUGGAUGUCAGUAACACCGUGUAUAAGCUCAUCGGCCCAGUGCUGGUGAAACAGGAUUUAGACGAAGCAAAAUCCACGGUUGCCAAGAGACUGCAGUAUAUAAACGGAGAGAUCAAGCGAUAUGAAACCCUGCUGAAGGACAUGGAGCAGCUCUCAGAACAGCAGCGCACUUCCCUCACGAAGCUCCAGCAGGAAUACCAGCGAGCGCAGGGCAAGGGGCCGGUGAAGGCCUGAGAAGGGGAACCUUAUGUGCCACUAUUUAUGUACUCGUGGGGGGAGGACACUGCCCCAGUAUGAACCAAACAUUUCCAUAACAUCUAUUGGGCUCCUGGUUCUAUAGGAUAUCAAACUCUGGGGCAGAUGUAUUAACCUGGGGAAGACAUAAGGAAGUGAUAAACCAGUGAUAAGUGCAAGGUGAUAAGCGAACCAGUUCCAAUAUGUAAAUUAACAGUUAGAGCUGACUGGCUGGUACAUUUAUCACCUUGCACUUAUCACUGGUUUAUCACUUCCUUAUGCCUUCUCCAGGUUAAUAUAUCUGCCCCACUGUGUUCUCACUCUUGCUGAUUGUAUUAUACAUAUAUGCUAUUAAACAUGCUAAUUACA